UUCUAGAAGACAGGCCUUCAAAGGCAAGCAGGAACAAGAUAUGUUUUUUUUUAUUUUAGAAAAAUCCAAUUUAUUAUCCUUCGGGGUCGAAGACCCUGUGUCGGACAUAACCUUAUACACGGGGGGCUUGUCCAGAUAUGUUAAUAUCCGCCUUAUCCUCUGAUGGCACGGUCGGCCGCAGGCUUAAGAGGGUUCAAGUUGCCCCCCUGAGAAGAUCUAAAAGUUUUUUUGAUUGCACACUUCCAGCAGCGUGCAGGCCUGGUCAUACUGUGGCGGACUACUGUCAAAUGACAAAUUCGUCAAGACACCGUCUACCUACGAUGGUGCUAGCCGAGAUCACAGCUGGCUGUAUCCGUUGUAAAUUGUGAUGAGGACUGUAAACCACAGCUAAAUUUGGUCCUUAACGGCACUCGGCUAUGGCCGACCC